UGCCUACCAGUGCACAUCAGUGCCACCUAUCAGUGCCACCUAUUAAUGCCAGUCAAUGCUACCUAACAGUGCCAGUCAGUGCUGCCUAUCAGUGCCCAUCACUGCAGCCUCAUUAGCGCACAUCAAUGAAGGAGAAAAAUCACUUAUUUACAAAAUUUUAUAACAAAAACUAAGAAAAAACUUUUUUUUUUUUUUUUUUGCAAAAUUUUCAGUAGUUUUGGUUUGUUUAGCAAAAAAUAAAGAACCCAGAUGUGAAUAA